CUCAUCUCACUUCUUGGUCAUUCCAAUUCCUCCCCGAAAAGUUCCAUCCAAUCACACGGGAAAACAAAAUCCCCAAACCAAUGGCGGAAGAGCAGUAGAGCAGCACCAUCAGUCGGCACUCAGAAGUCGGCCACAAGAGUCUCCUCCAGAGCGACGCCCUUUACCAGUACAUUCUGGAGACGAGUGUUUACCCUAGAGAGCCAAAAGCCAUGAAGGAGCAGAGGGACAUCACCGCAAGCAUCCAUGGAAUCUGAUGACGACGUUCGCCGACGAAGGCCAAUUCUUGAGCAUGCUGUUGAAGCUGAUCUAUGCCAAGAACACCAUGGAGAUCGGCGUCUACACCGGAUACUCCCUCCUCGCCACCGCCCUCGCCCUUCCCGACGACGGCAAGAUCUUGGCGAUGGAUAUCAACAGGGAGAACUACGAGCUGGGGCUGCCCGUGAUCGAGAAAGCCGACGUUGCUCACAAGAUCGAGUUCAGAGAAGGCCCUGCCCUCCCCGUUCUUGACCAGAUGCUUGAAGAUAAAGCGAACCAUGGGAGCUACGACUUCAUCUUCGUGGACGCGGACAAGGACAACUACAUCAACUACCACAAGAGGCUGAUCGACCUGGUGAAGGUGGGUGGGGUGAUCGGCUACGACAACACCCUGUGGAACGGAUCUGUGGCCCAGCCGGCUGAUGCUCCCAUGAGGAAGUACGUCAGGUACUACCGCGACUUCGUCAUGGAGCUCAACAAGGCCCUCGCUGCUGACCCUAGGAUCGAGAUCUGCAUGCUCCCCGUUGGCGAUGGGAUCACUCUCUACCGUCGGAUCCCCUAAUCCUGCAUCUUUCCCGGCCCGGCCUUUGUGUUUCCCUUUUCCCCCCUUUCAUUGUCCUGCCUGCUCUGCUCUGUAUUAUU